AUGGCGGACAAAACAGAUAUUGACGAGUUUCUAAGCAGUAUCAAUAGCCAUAGAAAUAGAGGAGUGGACUAUUUUACGCUAUUACCACCCGAAGACUGCUACAUUUCCGAUGUUGGGUCCUCAUCAGAUGAUGAAGAGGUGGACACAAAUGUUUUGGAUUCGAAUAAUCCUGAAAUUCAUCCACCACAUGUACCAAUAGAUCAAUCUAAUGAUUUUGAUAGUACUGUGCGAAGUAACCGAUUGCAAGGUGGUACCUUAGAACAAGAUAAAUCUUUACUCAAGAAGGGUAGGGGGACUUUUGAUUAUAAAGUCGAUAAUAAUGCAGGCAUUGCAGUCGUAAAAUGGGCUGACACAAACUGCGUUACCCUAGCCAGCUCGUACGUAUCACACACUCCUACUUUUCAAGUAAAGCGAUACAGCAAAGAGGGAAAAAAGAAAGUUGAUGUGGUAUGUCCACAAAUUAUGAAGCAAUACAAUACCCACAUGGGUGGUGUAGACUUAGCUGACAUGCUAAUAGCUCUUUAUAAGACACCCUAUAAGUUACGGCGUUGGUAUUUGGGGAUAUUCGGACAACUUAUUGAUAUUUGUGUAAAUAACGCAUGGUUGUUGCGCAGACGAGACAGUGAAGUCCUUGGACGGAAAUAUGACCAUUUGAAAGAAUUCAGAGUAAGUUUGGCUUUAUCGUUGCUUAAAACCGAGGAAAAGACCAAAUUUCGAAAAUCUGACUUUGAAAACGAUCAGCCAGCAAAAAAGAUUAGGGUUCCAGUAAUGGCAAGACCAACUGAUGAUAUCAGAUAUGACCAAAUUGGACAUUUUCCCACAUUUACACAAAAAGGAAGAUGUAGGCUGUGUACUAAUGGACAAACCACGGUUUUUUGUCAAAAGUGUAAUGUAAGAUUAUGUUUUGUGCAAGGACAGAAUACGCGCAAUUGUUUUUUAAUAUACCAUGUUAAAGAUGCCUGA